GGCUGCUUUGAUUCCUUCGCCAGCCAGCACCCCACCCAACAAACACACAAACGAGGAUGCGUUUGGAGAAGUGCUUCUUCUGCUCGUCGACCAUCUACCCUGGUCACGGCAUCCAGUUUGUGCGCAACGACUGCAAGAUCUUCAAGUUCUGCCGCGGCAAAUGCCACAAGGCGUUCAAGAAGAAGCGCAACCCGCGCAAGGUCAAAUGGACAAAGGCCUUCCGUAAGGCCGCGGGCAAGGAGCUCACCGUGGACACAGUGUAUGAGUUUGAAAAGAGACGCAACGUGCCUGUCAAGUACAACCGCGAGCUCUGGCAGAAGACGAUUCGCGCGAUGAAGAAGAUUGCCGUCAUUCGCGAGCGGCGCGAGGCACAAUACAUCAAGAACAGAUUGCGUGCGGGCCGCACGAAGCAGCUGGAGCGGGACCGCAAACACGUCGAGAAGAACAUCGACCUCCUCAAGACUCCAACACUUGCGAAGAAGAUUGCCGCUGCGCGCAUCAAGGCGAAAACAACACAGGCCAUGGAAGAGUAACCACUUCCUCCUCCUCUCCCACCUCCCUCUCCUCCUCCUACCUUGUACAUUGGGCAUGCAAGCCUGUGUCCUUGUUAUAUCUGUGCUUGCUCUCGCUUCAAUUCCCGCGCAUUCUCCAUGCCCCGUCCUGCCCUAUUGCUUCCCUACCAGUAAGAGCAGCUGUUUGGUUGUUGUUUGUCCGGUGUGUGUGUGUGUGUGCGUGUGUGUGUUUCGCCUUUGCUUUUUGCCCCACCCCCACCCCCUCUGUUGUGUUGUCGUGCACGUGUGUCCACUGUUGUGCUCUCUGUCGUGCUCGUUGUUGGUGGUGUUGUCUGGAGGCCUUUCCUCCCCCCCCCCCCCCC